AUGAUUGCCAACGAGAAGCCAACCUUAAUGGACCUACCCACCGAUAUCUCCGGCAACGUCCUUACAAGACUGCCGAUAAAAUCACUUUGUCACAUCCGUAGCGUAUCUAAUACCUCUCUAAGCAUAGUUGAUAACCCAUUUUUUGCUAAGCUACGUUUAAUUAAUCCUGUUGUUGAAGGACCUCAACUUAUGCUUCUUACUCAAACCUCAUCUUUUAUUCCUAGCCACCGUAGCCGCUUUGCCUUGCAAUCAUUUAACUACAAAGGCGAGCACGACUUCACAAAAAGCAAGUAUAGAUAUGCACAGAUUUUGUGCAGUCUCCGUUCUUACAAAGUAGAUUUUGUUUUUAGCAACUUGUUUUGCUUUAAAGGGAUGGGUAAAUGCGUGUUGGUCAAUUCUCUCGAAGGAGAAGUUCUAGAUCUAGAGUUGCCAACUAAUGACCUUGUUCAAGCUUAUUAUCGAAAGUGGUACGGUAUGGGAUUUGAUGCUAUAACUAGGACUCAUAAGAUUGUUUGUAUUGUUAGAAGACAAUAUGCUUUCCAGAGGUAUGUUUUUGUGGCUUACGUUUAUACACUGGACAUAAGAUCAUCAUCGUGGAGAGAAAUACACUCAGUUCCCCAGUGUAAGUUUAGUAGCAAGAAUGUAUCUGCAUACGGAGACAUGCAUUGGUUGAUUUAUCGUGAUAUAGGUGGAAGAUUACCCAAUCGUAUUAUUUCUUUUGAUUAA